AUGCCACAUUCCGCACCCGCCGCGCCGGUCCUGCUCACGUUCCCCGGUGUUGGCGAGCUCCAGAGCGCCCUCGCCAGCUUCAUCGUCCGGGCCCAGAAGGAGUCCAUCGAGAAAAAGGGCCGCUUCACCGUCGCCAUCUCCGGCGGCUCGCUUCCCCAGCAGCUCGCCGGCCUCAUCGACAACCCCGCCGUGAAAUGGGAUAAGUGGCAAGUCUUCUACGCCGACGAGCGCGUCGUGCCCCUCGACCACGAAGACUCCAACCACGCGCUGAACACGCGCGAGCUCUUCAGCAAAGUCCCCAUCCCCGCCUCGCACAUCCACACGAUCGACCCCUCGCUCGCGGACGACCUCGAGGAGCUCGCAGACGCGUACGAGAAGGAGCUCAUCCGCGAGUUCGCGAUGAAGGACUCCGCGCGCUUCCCGAUCUUCGACCUCAUCCUCCUGGGCAUCGGCCCGGACGGGCACACCUGCUCGCUCUUCCCCGGGCACGCGCUCCUCAGCGAGGAGGACCGCUGGGUCGCGUACAUCGACGACAGCCCGAAGCCGCCGCCGAAGCGCGUCACGCUGACGCUUCCCGUUCUGAACCACGCGUCGCGUAUCGCGUUCGUGGUGGCGAACGGGGCCAAGGCGGAUGUGCUCCACACCAUCCUCGACGAGCCGGAAAAGGGCCUGCCCGCGAGCCGCGUACGCCCCGUGAACCCCGGCCACCUGUACUGGUUCACGGACGAGGCUGCCGCAGCGAAGGUCCAGUAUCCGAAGACGCCGUUCAAGCUUUAA